AUGGAUACGAGCGUGCCCCCUUCUCCUCACAACGGUGUCCUCACCUUGGUUCAAAACGAACCAGACUGGCAACCCAUCUUCCACGCGUCAAACCAAGUCGUUCUCUACAACCCCACCUCGCACGCCCUCUCAAUUCGGCGUUCCUCGACGUCUUCUACAGAUAUCACGCCAUCCUCGUGUCCCUUCUGCAAGCGGCCGCUUCCAGCAGGAUAUAGUCUGAGGGAGGAAGAGGAAGCAGAGGUGGAUGAAAUACUUGAUACGGAGAAUGACGACGCACGAUUCUCUCGAGCGACGAACUACUUUCAGCUACUCGCUAUUGCUAAUGAUACUAUGUCUCGUCCGUCGAGCCCCCCUUCCAUAGCGGCGUCCAGUAGCGGCGAGAGCGCACCGACGUUCUCAACCGAAGCCUUGGCAGAGGGUUAUUUUAAUGCGUUUUUCAAGGAGGAGCGUCGGCUUGGGAUGGGUGCGAAUGGGUCUGUCUACCUGUGCCAGCAUCGGUUGGAUGGAAAUCCUUUAGGCUAUUUUGCGGUGAAGAAAAUUGCUGUCGGACAGUCUCACUCGUAUCUGGUGAAGAUUCUUCGUGAGGUACGCCUCCUCGAGCGACUGCACCACCGAAAUAUCAUCACAUACCACCACGCCUGGCUUGAAACCUACCAAUUCUCCCCGUUUGGCCCCAAGGUUCCCACUCUCCACGUCCUAAUGGAAUGGGCAGAUGGAGGAAGUCUCGAUGACUUCAUAGACGCUCGACUUGGACGUCCGACGAAGCACAUCCACAUCCACCCAGUCACCCCUGUAGCCCGCCCUACUGGUCGCAAUUCCGUUCCUCCCUCCCGCCGAUCGUCCCUAAUUGGCAACUCUCGAUCACACUUUGACCAUAUGGACUCCGAUCUCCACUCGCGAUCGGCGCGAAUACGAGCGUUCCGUGCGUACCAACGUGCUACCCCGGCAGAAAAGGAAGCGAUGAAGCGCCAGACCGAAUCCUCUCAUUUAGAUGGGGGGAGUCGUACUACGUGGACCCCUGUCCAUUUGCUAAGCCCAGAGGAAAUAAAGAGUUUGUUCAGCGAUGUAGUCAGUGGGCUGGCGUUCCUGCACGAUCGUUCGAUAUUACACCUCGAUCUCAAACCUGGUAAUGUACUGCUUACGUGGGACGAGGGAAGUUUGAUCCCGCGUGCAAUGCUUUCAGACUUCGGAACAUCUCGAGACAUGCUCCAGACAUCCCCCACUCGGUCGGGCAACACUGGAACACUCGAAUACACCUCCCCCGAAUCGCUGCCCUCUCCCACGACUGGGCUCCUCCAACAGGUCGACUCGAAAGCUGACAUGUGGUCGCUCGGGAUGAUAUUACACAAGCUCCUUUUUUUCAAAUUGCCCUACCGUUACGCUGCUAUUGGCGACAGUAAUGGAGAGCCCGUUUCGGGCGUCGACGAGCGCGAAAAGAUGGACCGCCUGGAAAAAGAAAUCCUUGGAUAUGCGGGAUUCAAGCCGAAUCAAGACCAUGUCGCGAGUUUUGAGGCAAGGAGGCUUCCGCGUGCUUUCCUGGUGUUGUUGGAGAGCCUUCUGAGUAUUACGCCGUCUGGGCGGCCCUCGUCGGAGCGGGUUUCGAAUGCAAUUCGCGAGGGCAAGUUGGAUCCGCUACAACAAACCCACCCCACAUCCCUCGUCUCUGUCACCCCGCGUUUAUCCAACGUCCCCGCAUCCAGGCUCUCAUCCGUUCAAUCUGACGCCGAGCCACACACCGGCGUGGACACCCGCGAACACUCGACAGAUGCGCCGCUAACAGAAGCACAAGCUAACACGCACUCCCAGUCACCUAACGAGAAGUCCCCCAUCGUCCUUGGGAUACCCCCACACCAAGCGAAUCGUUCUGGUGCCGUUUCUCCGCCAUACGACCGUGCAUCCCCGUCACGAAUACCGUCAUUGUUGAUUAAACGAACCGUCAAAUCUUCGCUCCUCGUCGCGAAGGUGCUCCAUGUCACUACGCUGUGCCCACACAGCCAACUGCACAUCGUGCCGCUCUCAAUCAUCCUUUCUGCCGCCGUCAUCGAUACUUGGUUCGACAAUUAUUGGAUCACAGCCCUUUUCGGAGCAUUCCACUUGGCUGCUGUCAAAGUCGCUUCUCACAAUAACUUCGGCUGCGUCUAA